GGCAACGGCCACUGGACAGGGAAGGGGGCGAGAAAGGGCUGGUGCUGAAGCUGAAGCCGCUGGAACCGCAGGAGCUAGAACAGGGGCAGCUCGCAUCACAGGAGCCAGGACAGGAGCUGCUGAUGCAGAUGGGAACCGCAUCAAUGGCCUCGUCCAGAACAGACAGACGUGGCAGAUAGUUCCGCCAAGACAUUAUCCAAUAAUCUUUAUCAACAGCCACAGUCACAGCCAGCGCUGCAGCAUCCGCGCCGCGUGCCUACCUCCACCUCCACAUCCAGCUCCAGGUUAAGUUUGUUGGAAACUUUAGUCUGCAUGACAGCCGAUCCGAUAUCCCUGUGCUUUUGGAUUUGUUUGCAGCCUGACCGCUAUGUGCCCGGCUCCCCCAUUUUUCGCGACAGCAGUCCAGCGCGCCCCGCCACCUCAGCCUCAGGGGCGCCUAUAACAGCUGCGCCCGCCCCGACCACGUCCAGGAGCCGCACCAAAGCCAUGACGGCGGCCGUAACGAAUGCAGCACAGGGCAGAGGAACCAACAGCAAUUCCAACGCCAUUAAAUCCAGGCCGCCCACCUGCUACAUGAGCACCCGAUCGGCUGCCAUGAUGGCCCUGACUCUGGGCCAGACAUCGGGGGGCAGCUCCAACGUGAAAUCCUCUUCCGCCCAACAAACUUCCACUCCCGUUCUGCCCCAGGCCGUGUCCAUUCCGCGCUCAUCGCCGCGUCCCACCAACAGGAACGUCCCGAAUGUGGCUUCACCAACCAGCAGCGCGUCCAGGUCGAAGCCAUCCACCCCAACGGCAACGCGGGCAGCAGUGGCCGCAGCUCUGAACGGCGGGGGAAUCUUCUCCGGCGGCAGCAACUCCAGCGGGUCGGACAACGAUGGCUUCAGUACUUCCGGCUCGUCGACGGCCACGGCUCUGCGGCGGCUAUACUUUAAGAGCGGUCGCAGCAUCAAGAACAAGAUAAAUGCCUCGACAUCCUCGUCGACAGCGACGACACUGAACGGUCUGGCCCUGAAUCCCGUGUCCAGUGCCUACCACAAUUCCGUGAGUGGAUGCGGACCGGCGAUGCAUAGCGUGGGCGUGGGAGGUGGGGUGCCCAAGCUGGUGGUGAUGGGCACAUCGUCGGCCUCUAUUCCGGACACCAACAUCAAUACGUCCACAGACUCGGCCAGCACUCUCAUCACGAACGUAACCCACACGGACACCUCGGAGACGUGCGAUUCCCUGGACUUGGGCGACAACUCUGGUCCCAGCGAGCCGCUAUUCAGUUCACUGGAGGAGCCCCUGCUCACCGCCAUUCAAAUCGAUUCCGAGCACGAGACGGGCGGCUGUGGUUCUGCUAAUGGACGCAGAGGCGUCGGCACUGAGCUGGAACUAACGAGCUGCUCGCGCUAUCCGCCGAGGCCCGACAUGAAUCUGCAGGACAGCACAGAGAGCCAAGAAUCCUGUUUAUCCAUCCUGACCGGCGACCAAUCGUCCACCACUCCACUGCUCUCGUCACAGCGGCGCCAAGCGGCGGGUGGCCACUCACCCGGCAGCCGGAGGGAGGAGCGACAGCCCAGCACGGCGCCUCCGCCGACACGGGCCCGGGACCACUUCACCUUCGAUCCCCCGCUGUCGCCCAAGUCGGCGCGCAGCAGCGAGAAGGCCCGCAGUCACUUCCCAUUCAAGGACGAGCCCCGAGCACAGGCGCAGGCACAAGCACAAGCACAGCAGACGCGGCGCGGCUACAACUCGCACAACGCGGGAUCCACCAACGGAGCAGCGGGAAAAGGAGUUGGAGCCGGAACGGAGGGAGGAAUUGGACCCGGAGGUGGUGGGGGUCGCACUGUGGCGGCUAGCGAGGGCGAUGAGGAGGAUGACGAGCGGAGCGGGGCAAGCGCCGCCAAUCGCAACAAGAAGCUUCGGCCCAGGGAGCGCGACCCAAAUGCUAAUGACAGCUCUCGAACAUACAUAUCCCCCGGAGUUUCGCCAUCGAACAGCCGGCGCAGCAGCCCCAAGCGGGACAAGAAGCGUACCACACCCUCCGCCUCCACGGGCGCCAUCGCCAAGGUCUGCUCGGCGCCGCCCACGAUGAAGGAUGGUCACUUUUUCAGCGCAUCCGGCAAGCAACAGCACCAGCAACAGCACCAGAACCAGCGGCAGACCCCGCAGCAGCUGUCGCCCUCGUCCUCGAUGAGUGCCCAGCAGAGGAAGUACUCCUCGAGCUCCUCCAGCGGGAGCAGCGAGCGCUGUCUGCGCGAGCUGGCGGCGGCGCCUGGCACCAUGUUUCCCUUCGACCGGGAGGCCCUGGACCACGAGAGAAUCCAGAGGGAGUGCUUUGCCCGCAGCUCGUCGACGGCCAGCGCCAGCAGCGACUCGGACGAGGCGGAGAACCGUUCGGUGUACGAGCGGAAGCUGGGGGCAGACAUUUUCCAGCAGUACUCGCGGCUCACCCAACAAGAGCAGCUGCAGCAGCAGCAACAGCAGCGGGAGUGGGAAAGGGAUCGACCACCGUCCCGGAAGAACUCGAAGCGUAUCCGGCCGGACUCGGUGAUCCACACGACCAUCCGGGAGAACCAGCAGUAUGUGCCGCAGUCGGACGCCUUCUACCCCCAGGCCAAAUCCUCCUCCUCGCCCAGCGACCACUCCUACGCGGAGCUGAACAAGUUCGACGACAUAGCCAACAAGUUUGAGCAGAUCCCGCCCAAGCACGGCUCCAGCUCCACCCUCAACCUGCACAUGCCCAGUCCGGGCAGCGAUUCCGGCCAGCAGGCCCUCAGUCCGACGACGGACGCCACCCGAAAGCGCUCCUUCAAGAGCAAGUCGAAGAACAGACCGAAGGGGGAUUACGGUUUCCAGUUGGAGGAGCGUGGCGCCGGGCCCAUCAAUGUGACCGCCAAUCCCAUGGAGGCGGCUGCUGUCUGCAAGCAGCCACGCGCCACCAUCGUUGUCCAACAACCAUCUCUGAGCCUGGACAGCACCGUGGAGACCCUGCUGAUCAAGAACGAGGGCGAUUUCAUCAGCGUGGAGCAGGGCAAGGAGCUGAAUGCCCGCAAACGCAACUCCCAGCAACUGGCCCAUGCCCCCACCCACAGUCAUCAUCAUCACAGCCAUCACCAGCAGCAGGAGCAGCAGCAUCAACAGCAUCAGCAGCAGAAGCAGCAGCACCACCAUCAUCCGCAGCAGCACAAGCGGGACGAGAACAUGAGGCAGCUGCUGGAUGUGACCAAUACGCUCACCAUUGAGGAGCUGCGCGACUUUGAAAUGCGCUACGGCUCGCCCCAUCACAGCCGCUCCCAGUCGGUGAAGAUGCCCGGCAGUCGCGCCUCCGGCAGGCCCAAUCAGCUAUGUCUCCCCCAACAGAGAUCCAGAGUGGCUUCCAUGCCCAACACUGGUGUCGAGGAGGAGUACUACCGCCUGCGCCACUUCUCCAUCACGGGCAAGGGUGUGGUGAACCGCGGCGACUCGCUCAAGAGCCGACGCAGCCGCUCCAACAACAGUGUGGCAAGCUCGAAUUCCAGCACAGAGCACUUGACCGCCCAGCAGCAGCAGCUACAGCUACAGCUGCAGCAGCAGCAACAGCAACAGAUACAGCAGCUGCCUGCUCCCACCUCCAGCUCUGCCAGAACAUCGCUGGCCUCCAGCCGGGAGAGCAGCACCUCCAAUCCGGGCAACGGGCCAUACAGGGUACUCAUGCUGGGGGGUCCGGCCGUGGGCAAGAGUUCGCUGGUCUCGCAGUUCAUGACGUCGGAGUAUCUGCACGCCUACGACACGAGCAUCGAUCUAGGCAACUGUGAUAUACGCAUUCAUAUUGAUAAAGCCGCCGACGAUGAUGAGUCUGGCGAGAAGGCCGUAUCAGUAUUACUCAGUGGCGAGGAAUCGGAAUUGAUAUUCAUCGACCAUGGAUACACUGAAAUGACUCCGGAUGAGUGCUUGACCAACUAUGAUCCUCAUGGCUACUGCGUCAUAUACUCGGCUGCAGACCGUAGCAGCUUCACCGUGGCGGAGCAGGUGCUCCAGGUGCUCUGGACCAAUCAGAACAUUGCGCAGAAAGCAGUCAUAUUGGUGUCGAACAAAUCGGACCUGGCCAGGAGUCGACUGGUUACAUCUGAAGAGGGAAAGGCCAUGGCCACAGCCUACGAUUGUAAAUUCAUCGAGACUUCGGUGGGAAUCAAUCACAACGUGGACGAGCUGCUGGUGGGACUGCUCUCGCAGAUACGCCUCAAGCUGGAGAACCCCGAGAAGUCCAGAGAUCUGUUCCGGAAGCGUUCGAUUAGAAAGUCGAAGCGUCGCGCCUGCUCACCGCUUAACGCUGGCUGCCUGAAUGCCAACAGCCCGCUGGGACCACUGGGCGGGCCUCUGGGCGAGGCCCCCGGCACGCCACCAGGAAGCUCCCAAAGCAGUCCCCGUAAAUAUCGCGGCUCACGAACCUCCACCAGCCUGAAGGUCAAAGGACUGUUGGGACGUGUCUGGACCAGGGAUUCCAAGUCCAAGAGCUGCGAGAAUUUGCAUGUGCUCUAAGCAAUUGGAGGAUGCCCCUCCAUUGCAUAAUGUGCGUUUGUUUUCCAGAAAGAACCAAAGAACGCAACACUAAACCGAAUCCCGAGGAUUUCCUAUAGAGUAUAAGAGGGCGCUGAGCCUCCCAAAAAAUUGCCUAAGUUACAGACUCGAUGACUCAUUUGUACAUAUUGUAUAAUUUUAGUUAAAUCGUAUUCUUUACUCUAGUCAUUUCUACAUUAAAUCCUGUAUAUAGUUUGCUUAAAUAUAAAAACCCUAUUUAUAAUUUCUUAUGCGUUUCGUUUCUCUUUCCAUUGACCCUGAGUUGGAAUCAAUUUUUGAAUUGAUUUACUUUGAUUUACGUGGCUUGAUUUUUUUUAAUUGAGAGAAUUUAAAAACGCAACCCAAUGGAAACCAAAUCAAAAGCAAUAAUUUUGUAAUUUUUGAAAAGUUAAAUUUUACUCCCAAUAGGGGAUUGAGGUAGAAAAUACAUAGUUUUAUGACGAAAUUGUACUGAUUUUUUGAAGGUUUGGCACUUGUUCCGAAUGGAAUGCCGAAUGGAAUUUAUUGUUAAUUAUAUAUGUAUGUAUGUGUAAUGGUAAUUUAAUUGCAUUUUAAAAUUACAAAAUAUAAAUAUGAAUAUGAUUGUUAUUUGAAAACUCUAGAUGUAAUGUUCAACACAUAGCAAGAACAGAAAAAAAAAAAAAAAAUCCAAACAAAACAUGAAUAUUUACUACACAUUGUGCAAUUUUUGCUUACAUAGAAUUAGAAACAUUUUGCCAUAA